UCAAUUAUAAGAGCGCGUCACUUUAAACGGAAGUAGAAUUGAUAUAGAGUGAACAGGAAAAUAAAAAGUUAGAUGAGAAAUACAAGGUAGUAUGAAUUAUAAAUAUAGAAAAACGAGUUAUAUCGAUAAGGAAAAUGGGGAUUCCCAUUUAAUUCUGCGCUCGCGCAUGACAAGUUCAUAUUACGAUUUAAUUUAAAUAAAAAAUAACAAGCUAAUUCGAUAAAUUGGGAGUGAUAUAAAAAACAGCUUGGGGACUGAAGACGAUAAAUAGCAGACUCGCGCGUUACUAGACUAAUCAUUUAUCGUUUCGCUGUGCAAUGCUUUUCAAUCUCAUUAUAAAACGUCAAUUAAUUUCCAUUUAAUAAAUUUGUAAAUAACGGAUAAAAAUGAAGUAUGUCUAUCAAUAAAUAAAUAAAAAAAGAAUCUAAAGCCGGUUAUUUAUCAAACUUUACUUACAAUAGUGUUGUGAUAUUUAAAAAAAUUUCAUAAAUUUUCGUAAAUGCAUUUACUGGUUGACAUAGUGAUUUCAUUUUUGAAUUUCAUUUUUGGUGAAAAUUUUCUGUAGAGUGAGAAGUAAUAAAAUAUUAUAAGAGAAUAAAUAAUCAAACCGUUUGAUAAUUUCUAAUUACAAUUCUUUUGUUGCAAUAAAAAGAUAGAUUUAUAGUUAUCGUUAAUUGUAAUUAAUAAUUUAGGAAAUAAAGAUGAUUUUAGGGUCAACUAAUUUGUAUCUCUUCAGUAUGUUUUGCUUGGCAAGCUUGACAUCACAAGUUUCGCUGCCAUCGUCAAAUUACUACAUCGGAGCGGUAGUUGAAUACCACCCUAUUAUUGAAGGUCCGAAUAGCACUGCUAUUGCUGAAGAAAAUUCCGAAAACUUUAUAAAAUUUUUGAAAACAGCAAAUGAACAUCAAGUUGAUAUAAUUGUAUUUCCGGAAAAUGGGUUAUUUAGCGGCGAACCAUUUCCUCCUAUUUUUCACCGAAGUUUUUAUUUGCCUCACAGUACAUAUUUGCCUGACCAUAAAGAAUUUAAAGUUUUGUGCCGCGACGUGUCAUCUAAUGUUAUGGAGGUUGUAAAGUCAAUAUCUUGUGCAGCAAAACAGUACGCGAUGUAUAUUGUACUGAAUGUACAUGAAAAGGAAAAAUGUUUGGGUGACAAUUGCGCCGAAGACGGUUACAAUCUCUAUAAUACUAACAUAGUAUUCGAUCGAAAUGGCGCCUUAAUAGCCAAGUACCGGAAAUGGAAUUUAUUUGCCGAAGUUGGAUUUAAUAAAACACCGAAACCCGAGUUGUCGAGCUUCCGUACGGAUUUCGGUGUUACAUUCGGUCAGUUUAUAUGCUUCGAUAUAUUCUUCGGUGCGCCAGCUCUCGAACUUGUGCGCGAGAAAAACAUAACGGACAUUAUUUUUUCAACCCAUUGGUUUUCUCAUCUUCCCUAUUUGACCGCGAAUCAAAUUCAAGCUGGAUGGUCUUAUGUUAAUGAUGUUAAUUUUCUCGGUUCUGGUUACAAUGCACCAGCAACUGGUAAUACUGGCACUGGUAUUUAUGCUGGAAAAUAUGGUCACUUAGCGCGUAUUUGGAAUGAAAAGGCAGCAAAUGCGUUAAUUGUCGCUAAAAUACCUAAAGUAUUAAAUGGUCAACGCAUGCAACCGAUUAACCAAAAUGAUACUCAAAUUAUUUAUUAUUCGGCUACGGAAAUACCUUCAGUUAGACGACAAAUACUUAUGUCACAGCAAAAACUUUUUUCCGAAGAUUUGUCACUUUUUACUAGUAAACUUUUCCGACCUAUUAAUGGCGCCCUCAGUUCCAUAGUUUGUCAUCACGACUUUUGUUGCAAUUUCACUACCGAUACUUUAUAUCACGACGAUGUUAACAAGGGUUCGAAUGUUAAAUAUUACAGAUACCGUUACGCUGUAUUCAAUGGUACCGUAUCAUACCCGAAGCUUGGUAUAGCAGGUUUAGAAAUUUGCAGCAUAAUUUCAUGUCUUGAUGACAAUCCAAAAAGCUGCAAUCAACGAUUUGACAUUAAUGCUAACAUUGUUCAUCCUGUUACAUUUAAUUCAAUUGUACUUUCAAGUAUAUCACGAGAUUCUAUAAAUAUUCCUCAUUUUCCACUAAGUAUAGACGAUCAAAUUAAUCCAUUGAAUGUUAAUGACUUUACUUUUAUCCGUAAAAAAAUAAAUGAAACUCAUGUGAGCUUAAAUUACACGCUAACGAAACCUUAUAAUAAUUUGAUGACUUUUGCUAUUUUUGGAAGAAAUUUUGUAAAUGAUUAUUUCUUAUAGAAAAUCAGUUUUAUCAUAAUUUUUAAGUCAUUUGAUAGAAAUUACUACAAUUUUAUAUACUCUCUAGAAUGAAAUCAGUGAAUUUCACUUCGAGUUAAUGGAUAUUCACUGGGAACCAGCUAUAAGUAUACCACUGGUUGAAUUGAUGGUAUACUUAUAGCUGUAGAAAUAGUAACUAUCCAUUUAUUCGCAGUGAAUUUCACUAAUUUAUUUUUAGAGGGUAAUAUUACAUUUAUAAAUUUUUGUAUUUUUGUGAAAAAAAUAAAAAUGAUUAUUCAUACAAAAUAUUUACGUUUUAUUUUAAAUGAAUAAGAUUUCGCGGAUUAUAUAUUUUUAAUGAUAGACAAAAUUAAAUAUAUAUAAAUAGGAAAAAUGUAAAUUUGAUAGAAUAUAAAAUAUAUUUAAGACGCGUUUUAAUUUGUUUCUCUACUCGCACUCAACUGGAUAAACGGUACUAUCUUUGUUGCACUUGUACAGUAAAUGGGAACUUUGUCCAAGCUUUUCUCGUAAACAAAUAGCAGUUAUUAAAAAAUUGAAGUGCAUUUCGCUAGUUCAUAGAGUAAAGAAUCGGGUCUGUGUUUUUAUUUUGCGUUUAGAGCUUUUAUUUCAGAGAAAAGCUUGGACAAAAUUAUCUGGAAACCGUUCUUAAGAAACUUUUUCAAUUUCCCGCUAUGAGUUUUUUAAAUUUUCAAAAAAAGGGAAGUUAAUGAUUUUGGUUCGAUUUUUAAAAAUUGAGUUUUCAUCAGAUCUCGAUGUUUUGAGCUCGAAAACAGUGGGAAGUUUUGGGGUUGCUUUGCAGGGUCAACCGUUUUUCAGAUUUUUUGUCUAUGAUUUUAAACCGAAUAAUAAAUCAGCUAUCAGUCUCGUCC